UCACUUUUCUGUGUUCCCUCUGCGUAGUAUAGAUAGGUGCUGUCCAUGGGACUUUGUAUGAUGAUGGAAGUACCCUCAUCCAUGCUGCCCUGGGCAUCUGCAGGCCACGUGUGACUGUAACGCAAAAUGAGGCCUGUGGGACUGAGGAACUGAGCUUUUACAUUUUAUUUAAUGUCAAUUAAAUGUAAUAGCCCCAUGUGGCUGGUGAUUCUUAUACAGUGCAAGAGUAGCCUUAUUAGAAGAAUAAAGGCCAUCAAACAGUAGUGGAGAACAAUGUGGAAUUCGUAUCCUCACCAGGAGAGAGCCAUGUUUCUCUGGGCCUCUCCACACAAAUUGAAAGGGUGGAAAAGAGGAAGUAUGCCAAGUGAGGCCCAAUUCAGAGUUCAGCUCUCUGAGUGGCAGGUGGCUUUGCAGUUGAUCACCUUCUCUUACAAUGGCUCAGGUUUUACAUCACUAGCGUGGGUGAGGCCUGUUUUCCAGCAUGUCCGGGAUGGAUGCCAUGAUUCCUGCAGGCAGAGUUGCUGUGUGCUUCUGUUGACGAGCUGUGAGGCCUCUUUCCUUUACCAGCUAUUUUCACACUCCACACCCCCCCACAUCUAAUAGCUGUGUGACCUUGUUGUUGACUUUGUAAGAGCACAGCAUGAGAAGAAUGCGGAGAGUGUUCGGUGUGCUUCUCGUUCACCUCUUCUGAGACUGCGCAUGCUUCCUGCUGAGAGCAGCACUGUUGGACGCCGUGCUGCGGAACGGCAGGCGUGAUGACAGCGUUCCCUCCCUAGAGAGCCAAGGGUGUGCACAGUGGGUGGCACCCAGCAGGGGCGUCUAGGGGGACGGACUCUGUCUUCUCCUGCUGUGCUCACCUGUGCUGGCUUUGCGGUGAUUCUCUAAACAGCGCCAUGAUCCCUGUGAGGCUUUUCUCUGUGAGACCGUGGACCAUGUUGGAGGGAGUGAAACGAGGGACUGCACCCCCGCGGGCUGGCCUCAAGCCCGGCAAGCCCCUUCCACAGCAGGCUCCGCCCAGGCCCCUCUCGAUGGGCUGCGUGGACUGCGCCAAGCAUCGGGAGCCCCCCGGGAAGAAGCCACUGUCUGAGAAGAAACUGAAAAAAUACUUCGUGGACCAUCGGAGAGUGCUUGUCCGUGGAGGAAGCGGAGGCUCGGGCAUGAGCUGCUUCCACAGCGAGCCCCGAAAGGAGUUCGGGGGCCCCGAUGGCGGGGACGGUGGCAGCGGCGGCCACGUCAUCCUGAGAGUUGAUCAGCAGGUCAAGUCCCUGUCGUCAGUCCUGUCCCAAUAUCAGGGCUUCAGUGGAGAAGAUGGUGGCAGGAAAAGCUGCUCCGGACGAGGUGGCGCUGUCCUGUACAUCCGGGUUCCUGUGGGCACCUUGGUGAAGGAAGGAGGUGAAAUCGUGGCCGACCUCAGCUGCCCAGGUGACGAGUACAUUGCUGCCCUGGGUGGCGCAGGAGGAAAAGGCAACCGCUUUUUCCUGGCCAAUGACAACCGUGCCCCCGUGACUUGCACCCCGGGAGAGCCAGGGCAAGAGCGUGUUCUCCACCUGGAGCUCAAGACAAUGGCCCACGCUGGGAUGGUCGGGUUCCCCAACGCUGGGAAGUCCUCACUCCUCCGAGCCAUUUCGAACGCAAAGCCUGCCGUGGCUGCCUACCCGUUCACCACCCUGAACCCCCAUGUGGGGAUUGUUCACUAUGCCGGCCACGAGCAGCUAGCAGUGGCAGACAUCCCGGGGAUCAUCCAGGGCGCCCACCGGAACAGGGGCCUGGGGCUCAGCUUCCUCCGGCACAUCGAGCGCUGCCGCUUCCUCUUGUUUGUGGUGGACCUUUCACUGCCGGAGCCAUGGACUCAGUUUGAACAUUUAAAAUACGAAUUAGAGAAAUACGAAGAAGGCCUGUCUGAGAGACCUCACACAGUCAUUGGAAAUAAGAUUGAUCUGCCGCAGGCCAGAGCCAACCUGGCCCAGCUCCAGGCCCGCCUGGGACAGGAGGUCAUAGCCCUGUCGGCACUGACGGGGGAGAACCUGGAGCAGCUGCUGCUUCACUUGAAAGUGCUCUAUGACGCCUAUGUGGAGGCGGAGCGGGGGCAGGGCCGCCAGCCGCUCAGGUGGUAGUGUGGCCGGCAGCGCCAGCCCCAAGGCAGGAGGCUGCGGGGGGAGGCUGCUGUGCAGCGCACCGUGUAGUGAAACAUGGGUGCCCUCGACUGCAUAAGAGAACACACUUGUGAAUCUUUGA